UUAGACUCAGCGGAGAGAAACCUACUGAGCGGACGACAUGUACAAUGUCCGAGGGAUUUUUCUCACUCUGUGUUUGGCUCCAGCUGCGUUAUCAAGUCUGCAUCCUGAAUGUGAAUACAUUUUUCAGCUGGAGAAAGAAGAGCGUCACUGCCUUCAGUACAUUGCAGAACAGGAGAACAGAAGCACAGAAGGUUGUUGGCCCUUCUGGGAUGCGGUCACCUGCUGGCCUCAUGCAGUUGUUGGGGAGACUGUGCACAGAGCUUGUCCUGCAGUCUUCUCCCUCUUCAGAAAUAGCACAGGGUCAGUGAGCCGAAACUGCACAAGUGGAGGUUGGUCGAGGCUGUUCCCAACAUACCAUGUUGCCUGCAAUGUGGAUGAUGACAUUCCCGAGACGGAGGAGUCUUACUUUGCCUCAGUGAAGCUCAUAUACACCAUUGGCUACAGCAUCUCUCUAGUGGUGUUGGCUGUUGCUGUGUUGAUCCUGCUACUCUUCAGGAAACUGCGUUGUGCCAGGAACUUUAUUCACAUCCAGCUCUUUCUUACGUUCAUCCUGAAAGCUGUGGCGGUGUUUAUAAAGGAUGCUACUCUGUUCUCAAGCGACGACACCAACCACUGCACCCUUUCCACAUUUGCCUGUAAAGCCUCUGUGGUCUUCUGUCACUACUGUGUAAUGGCAAACUUUUUUUGGCUCCUGGUGGAGGCACUUUACCUCAGUUCCCUGCUGCUCUCCUCUUUCUAUCAUAGCCGCCGAUGCCUGUGGGGCUUCAGCUUGCUGGGAUGGGGUGUGCCGGUGCUCUUCAUAGUCCUGUGGAUUGGAUCCAGGGUGUAUUUUGAGGACACAGAAUGUUGGGACAUCAAUGAGGACUCACCCUAUUGGUGGAUCAUCAAGGGCCCGAUUGUUGUCUCUAUAGCGGUCAAUUUUAUGCUCUUCAUGAAUAUCAUCAGAAUUCUAAUACAAAAGCUCAAUCCACGUCUGAUCCAGUUCAAUAACUCCUCUCAGUACAGGCGCCUGACUAAAUCCACCCUCCUCCUCAUCCCUUUGUUUGGAACUCACUACAUGUUCUUCAAUUUUCUGCCCGACUACUUCAAUGUUAACCUGCGCCUUUGUAUCGAGCUCUGUAUGGGGUCCUUCCAGGGGCUUCUUGUGGCCAUUCUGUAUUGCUUUCUAAAUCAAGAGGUCCAGAAAGAGGUCCACAUGCAGUGGUUGAGGUGGCAGGAAAGGAGUUACGGGGUAGUGUCUCCCGCUCCGAAAGGCAGUCAGAUGGACACGCCUUUCUAGAAGCCCGAGAUGCUUUUUGCUUCUUCCUGCAGAACCUUUGCUGAGUAUUUGCAGAGAAUUGCUUCUGUGCACGUCAUAAUUUCUAACGAGCUGUACGUAGCACACACAAUAACAGAGGUUGUCGAACAUGCAUCAGUGAAGCCGGGGCCUGGAAGUCAUUUCAAACUGAUUCACUGACUGUUCUCCUUCAGUCAGAUUGAAUGAACUGGGGUGAACUAUCAAAAGGAGAAUAAUUCUGAAAUCCCUUGACAUUUCACACAUCCUACAAGCGAGCCUCUGUCAGUUUCCAUCUGCAUUUCCCAAAGGGCACUGUGACAACUGAAUUAGAAUUUGAAACAUCCCUGGAGGCAUCAAAGGUCAAAUUAAAGAAUAAUAAUUUUGCAUAGCCCAUCAGUUAGCAAGUCAUUAGGUGUUGUUGUUGUUUUUAUUAACUAGGAAACUACAUAUUAUGAUUAGCAUUUGCAUUUUAGAUGCUUAAAUAAGAGCAAGUACAUUGAAAUCUGGUAGCCUGCAGGACACUACAUAUGAAGCUGUAGCCUACUGCCAGCUGACGCACACAUGACUCACCUCUGUAAUCACUCAAUUCUUAAUGGCUUUCUUAUUGUUCAUUGGUAUUUAAAUAUUAUUCGGCACAUGGGGGAGAGGUAUUGUACAAAUUUUGAUUAUUUCUUUGCUUUUUUGCCUCUUGUAUGUAUUCACUCGGCCUGUUUUUAUUUAAGAAUGAAAACCUGCACACUCAACCUUAAAUGGCACAUCGUUGAAAUGCACUACUCUGCAGACUUUGAAGGUUAAAGUUAAUGCAGCAUGUUGUGUUCUGCCGAGAUGUUUAGUCAGCCAAAGUGAACAAAUGAUCUGCAUCUCCACUGCCAUCUGCUAUCAGCACACAAAUGUGAAAAAAGCCUUUUUUUUAAUAUGAUAUUUAACUUUACAUGCUAAUGUAUUGUCGAGUGCUUUCACCUACAUGGUAAAAGAAUAAUAUUAAUACUGCACAAAUAAAUAUGCUUUUUGCAUCUUGUUUAGUGGAAAAAAAUCUCAAAUGUAAGAUAAAAACAUAACAAUUACCGCUACUUUUCAUGCCUGCAAUGUGUACAUUUUAUUUUAUGUAAAUUAGCUCUUAUCCUUGAAGUGAAUGUAUAAACUGUGAGACUGCUCCUUCAUCACCACCUCUUACGCUUCUCUUACUUACUGUUUCAACUGAGCCUCUUUCUGUGAUCUUUUAAAACCUUGUACCAUGUCUGACUUCUGUAGGUUA